AAUAUCAAAUUGCCACAGGAGCAGCUCCUUACUGUGUGCUUCUCUAGACAAUUCUUGCAAUAGAUAGAAUUCAAUAUUAACUCAAAAAUCAUCUUGUCCACCUUGGAGAUUCUUUCCAUGGACCAUAAUCAUCUCUUUAAUUGUUCUUAUUGUGAUUCAAUAAAUGUAACCUAAAAGUGAAUGAUUUUUACCAAACUUUCUUUGAUGAAAAAUUCAAUUGCUGUUUGCUUUCAGUGUGAUGGAACUCCACCACCUCCAGUUUAAAUUCCAUUUGCAAUAUUUUGGAGGACCAAGAAACCAAGAAUCAAGAAACCCAUUUAUUCCUGAAGUAAAACGAUAAUGAGCACAUCAAAUGGCGACUCUUCAGAAAUGUGACUGGACUCUCCCUGAUAUGAGUAGGAAGGGUCUCGACCCGAAACGUCACCCAUUCCUUCUCUCCAGAAUUUCUGCCUGUCCCGCAGAGUUACCCCAGCAUUUUGUGUCUAAUAUCUUCCUGAUAUGUCUCCCUUGGUGCAAUCUAUGUAUUAGGAAUGCACAGCAUAAUGCUAUUUUCUGUAAAACGCUAUGUUUGGAACAUUGCAGGGGAGCUUAAAAUACGUCAUCCUGGGAGUGUCCCAUGGAUGAGUCUAUUGGGGACAACCGGGUUUUAAUACAGCAGCACUAGACGAGAAUGGCUAUUGGGGAAGGUCAUACCUUUUACAACAGCUCCCAUCUCUCAUCCAACUCCUGGUCCCACGAUCACUGAGUGUAAGGCCCCAAAUUGCCUCAUCGUCCGUAGUAAUAUUUCCAAUCCCUUAUUUUUAAAAAUUUCUUACCCUACUAUUCUGCUUGGUUUUGUCCAUCUCCCAAUCAACCCUGAAGUCUAUCCCCUCAGACAACUCCCCCAACCCCCUUCCUAAAAUGGUGCACUACGAUGGUCUUCCCAACACUCCAGCCACAGAACAGGCCGGAUCGGGCAUGUUGCCGCCAAUCCCCAAAAUCUGGCUUUGGAAAAGAGCAUGGCUGCAGCACAAGCUUGGCGUUGGAAGUGUUCAAAAGUUUGGGCACGAAGGAUGUUUGCACCAAAGGGAUGGUAACUGAAAUGUCCGUAGGUUCCACAGGGCUGUUGCUCAGGUCGGAAUAGCUUUCUACUUUCUUACAAAGAUCUCAAAUGUUAACACAGACGUUGAACCGAAGUUCAGUGCCUAAGAUAAAUAUCUCUGCGAAUGACACCUCUUACUAUCAUUGCAUCUGCUUGCAUUAAACAAAUUGCCUUCAACAUAUAUGUACAGCAAACAGGAAGAACUCUUAACAGGAACUGCCUAUGGUAUAUUUAGAUAAAGCUAAAAGACCACAGCAGUUGCUGAAGAGCAAGUCAUUUUAUUGCAGCUUGACCUAUUUCAGUGAUAGCUGCAUUAUUCUGCCCAUGUACUAUGUGCUCCUUUAUCAACGUUAAAACAACUUGCUAGUUCAUGUGUGGAAACAUGUUGGUACGGUGUUUAUUUUUAAUUUGAGCCUCUCAUUGGGAGGCGUGUUCCACUAACACUGAAAGAGUUGGGUGUCUUGUGUGCAAAGGAUACACCCAUUUCCUGCACACUAUAGCUGUAACAGGAAGCAGCUAUUAUUGAACUUGCCAAUUUGAUAGUGGUGUCAUUGAGCAACCCAGGGACAGACGUGCAACUGGAAUUUGCCAAACAGGCUGGAGCUUUUGUUGUUUUGGGAAUCAGAGCCAGUUUGGUCUUCACUAACUGGUGGUACAUUGGCAAUAAAAUCUGAUGUUUUGAAAAUAAAUUAAUUUUUUUGUAGGUGUGGGGGAAAAGUGAAUAGUACAAGUUAGGUACUUCUGUUUUGUGAAAUCUCCCUGUAACAACUUAAGUGGUAACAGUCUAGCAGGUGGUGACAAAUGAGCUUCAUUUAUAGUCACCCAGACCCAGAGGUUGACUCUGAGGAAUUUGAUUUUUCGGCACUUUUCGACAGUAGCCACGAUGAAGACUUCACCACAAAAGAGGCAGAACAUGUUGCUGCUUCUCACAAGGGCAUUGUUCCUCCUCCUGGGAUCGGUUUCCCAACUAUGGAUGUCUCCCAAUAUGGAUCUCACUCAUGUAGCUCAAUGGCAUCCACAAUGCUGGCUGGAGAGCGCAUGGGUGAAUAUGGCCAAGUGGACAACCGAGAGUUCAAGUACUACCUGGAAGCUGCAAAGCCACAUGCCUCAUCUGGUGUAGAAAGCCCAAGAAUUGAGAUCACACCAUCGCCCGGACUGUUCCACGUAGCUCCACAUGCAGCCAGCUGCGGAGAACAAGCAUAUCAUUCUCCAACUGCAGGUCCUAGAGUUACUUUACCGGUGCCAGGUUCUGAGAACAUUCAAUACAGGGACCCAAACAGUCCAGCUAGUAGUGCCUCCUCAACAAGUUGGCAAUCGUUAGUGUCUCAUGAGUCAAGUUGCUCCCAUUAUGGCAUCUCACCUCAGACCUCACCCAUAACAUCUCCAUGUGUCUCACCAAAAAAUGGCUCGGAGGAAUAUCAAGGUCAUGGCGUUCACCAUUCUCCAAGGACAUCUCCUGUAACCUCCCCCUCAACUCACAUUGAAAACUGGCAGAGCACAAGGUCACCGUCCCCAACCCCCCGACCUUCUUCGAGGUCAUCAUCACCAUGCGGAAAGAGAAGAUACUCCUGCGACCGCUCCAGAACUCCUUCUCCACAGACGUCACCAAGGGUAAUUUCAAGAGACGAGUCCAGCUUGCACCAGUUUCCCAAUUCUGCAAGUCUUGCAGAUGCGAUGAGCACACUCACCACUGACUCCAACAAUGACUUGGGUGAAAUGGUCCCAUCCAAGGCUCGCAUCAUGGACCUCACCCCACCAUCCUCGCUCAAAGCUGACAUGUGUAAAGGAGAAAAACCUGCUGGCUUCACCACGCUUAAUUACGCCGAGUUUUCAGCGCCCUGUCAGGAUUUGAAGAAUGAUCUUUAUGGCACUGACCCAUUUUUUCUGAUGCCUCCUCAUCCAUUUCAAUGGACAAAACCCAAACCUCCAUGCGGCAUUCCAUCUCUGCCACCUCUGGAGUGGCAUCUGCCAAGUUUAACAGAUCAAUACGAAUUGCAGAUUGAAGUGCAGCCUAAACCACACCACCGAGCGCACUAUGAAACUGAAGGCAGCCGUGGGGCCGUUAAAGCACCAAGCGGUGGUCAUCCCGUCGUCCAGCUGCACGGAUACAUGGAAAACAAGCCUUUAAGCCUGCAGAUAUUUAUUGGAACGGCAGAUGAGAGACUCCUGAGGCCACAUGCCUUUUACCAAGUCCACCGCAUCACCGGCAAAACAGUCUCGACCACCAGCUACGAGAAAAUCUGUGGAAAUACCAAAGUUCUGGAAAUCCCUCUUCUGCCAGAGAACAACAUGAAAGCAGUGAUUGAUUGCGCUGGGAUAUUGAAGCUGAGAAAUGCUGACAUCGAACUGAGGAAAGGGGAGACGGACAUUGGCAGGAAGAACACGAGGGUCAGGCUGGUUUUUCGAGUUCACAUUCCGCAGCCCAGCGGCAGGAGUCUCUCACUGCAGGCUGCUUCCAAUCCCAUUGAAUGCUCUCAGAGAUCGGCCCAUGAGCUACCGAUGGUGGAGAAGCAGAGCACAGACAAUUGUUUAGUCACCGGUGGACAGCAAAUGAUCCUUAAUGGUCAAAACUUCACAACUGAGUCAAAGGUGGUUUUCACAGAGAAGACACCUGAAGGACAACAGAUAUGGGAGGUGGAAGCAACAGUAGAUAAAGAUAAAAGCCAGCCAAACCUGCUGUUUGUUGAAAUCCCACGUUAUCGGAACCAGCAUAUCCGCACAGCGGCAAAGGUGAACUUCUGUGUUGUUAAUGGUAAAAGGAAAAGAAGCCAGCCACAGAGAUUUACAUAUCUCCCUGCAGUGCCUAUCAUUAAAACAGAACCUAUUGAAGAGUGCGAAGGUGCCAUAUUCUGCAACGCUGCGUACAAUGGAACCAUGCCUCAGUUUUAUUAUACGCAGCAGGUCAUGAUCCCUAACCCCACUUCCUGUCUUGGGGGGAGCAUGACUUCCUGUCGUUCGGGGUUCUCUCCACAGGAUUCCAAGUAUCAGCAGCAGAGUCCAAUAGGAGCUGCCUAUCCGAGAUCCAAAGGUGGCAGUCCAAAUCAUCUCGGCUAUCAAGCAUCUGCUGUGAUGGUGCCAACAAUCCCCAUCAUUCAAGAUCCCCACCGAUCUGUGCUGGUUCAUGCCGGGUCACCUGCCCAGUCUUCAAUGCUGCGCCAGUCUCCCAACAAUCAGUCUUCUGCAAUAAUUCAUCAUUCCCCAAACAACCGCGAGGCUCCCUCCAUGCUCCAAACCUCUCCAACCAACCACCAGUCACCCAUGAUACAACGCUCCCCAACCCACCAGCAGUUUUCCUCCAUGAUCCACCAUUCACCCACCAGCCAUCCGUUGAGAUACAGCAGUCACCAGGAUUACCAGCAGCAGGUGUAUUCAGAGAAUGACCCCCAGGUGUCUAUUGUGCGAUCCACCACGCCACAACCUGUGCAUCACGUGCAAAAAAGUAGCCAAAAUCAAUACCCAGCCGCGACUCAUCCACAACAGCAAACAUCCAAUGCAAUCCAGAAGGCGUCCAAAGACAGCCCCUCGCCAAGCCAUCUUGCAACAUUGAUAAUGGAUCAGCAGGAGAAAGAAACAACAAGUACUGGAGUCACAGUGAAGCAGGAGCCACAGAACUUGGACCAGGCAUAUCUGGAUGACGAAACUUCAUGGGACUUCUUCAAAAGGCUGGAGCACUUUAAUCAGUUAAUGAAAUCAUAAGAAAAGAUCUUUCUGGAGUUCCUGUGCGAAGCCAGUCGUAAACUCAGCAAGUGUACAAUAGACACUUCCUUGCAUAAUGUGGAACAUUUCUACACAUCCCAAUAACACCUGUGGUUCACCUAUAGGUCAGCUAUAAAGUUGAUAUUCAGCUGCACAGAACAAUAUGCUGGCAAAGAGUUGGUUUCUCUGACUAAUCACCAUGGGAACUUUAACCAGGUUCAUUUCAGCAUAGCAAAUUUUCCUCAUAAUUUCCGUUCAUUUUGAAAUCCAUUCAUUGGGUCCAAAAAAGUGUGCUUUCGGUUUACAUUUAUACACUUUUAUUAAUUCGGAUCAGGCCCAUUUCCAGUCGAAUUUGUAAAGGACUGAUCUCCAGACCCUUUUGUGGGAAAUUUGGGCAUUUGUUAUGCUCUCCGUAUUAUCUACUUUAUCUACAAGGACCACGGAUUAUUUUUGCAACCAUUUCCAUACAAAAGACCUAAACAUGGCUUGAAGUCAAAAUGAAAAGUAUUGGUAUGAAGACGCUGUUUGACUGCAAGAAUGUGCAUCACUGCCACUUUGACAUCUCCUAUCACCACAUCAAAAUGAUCGGCACUCACUUAGAAAUAUAUUUGUAUAAAUCCCAG